AUGACGACCCUGGAGAGCCACAUGACGUACACCAUCCACCACGAGCAGACCUACAUGACCCAGGAGGAUGACUGGGACCGUGACAUGUUGCUCGACCCUGCCUGGGAGAAACAGCAGAGGAAGACUUUCACAGCCUGGUGUAACUCCCACCUGAGGAAAGCCGGCACACAGAUUGAGAACAUUGAGGAGGAUUUCAGGAAUGGCCUCAAGUUGAUGUUGCUCCUGGAGGUCAUAUCAGGCGAGAGGCUUCCCAAGCCAGACAAAGGAAAGAUGCGUUUCCACAAGAUCGCCAACGUGAACAAAGCUCUGGACUUCAUCUGCAGCAAAGGCGUGAAGCUGGUGUCCAUCGGCGCAGAGGAAAUCGUUGAUGGCAACGUAAAGAUGACCCUCGGUAUGAUCUGGACCAUCAUCUUGCGCUUCGCCAUCCAGGACAUCUCUGUUGAAGAGACGUCCGCCAAGGAGGGUCUGCUGCUGUGGUGUCAGAGGAAGACGGCUCCCUACAGGAACGUCAACGUGCAGAACUUCCACAUCAGUUGGAAGGACGGCCUGGCUCUGUGCGCCCUCAUCCACAGACACAGACCCGACCUCAUUGACUACUCCAAACUGAGAAAGGACGAUCCCAUUGGCAAUCUGAACACAGCCUUCGAAGUGGCUGAGAAGUUCCUGGACAUCCCAAAGAUGUUGGACGCUGAAGACAUUGUCAACACGCCCAAACCGGACGAGAAGGCCAUCAUGACCUACGUGUCCUGCUUCUACCACGCCUUCGCCGGUGCCGAGCAGGCCGAGACGGCCGCCAACCGUAUCUGCAAAGUCCUGGCGGUCAACCAGGAGAACGAGAAGCUGAUGGAGGAGUACGAGAAAUUGGCCAGUGAGCUUCUGGAGUGGAUCCGCCGCACCAUCCCUUGGCUGGAGAACCGCGUGGCCGAGCACACCAUGCGCGCCAUGCAGCAGAAGCUGGAGGACUUCCGCGACUACCGCCGUGUGCACAAACCGCCGCGAGUGCAGGAGAAGUGUCAGCUGGAGAUCAACUUCAACACCCUGCAGACCAAACUGAGGCUCAGCAACAGACCCGCCUUCAUGCCCUCCGAGGGCAAGAUGGUGUCGGACAUUGCCAACGCCUGGAAGGGUCUGGAGCAGGUGGAGAAGGGCUACGAGGAGUGGCUCCUCACAGAGAUCCGCCGCCUGGAGAGGCUGGACCACCUGGCCGAAAAGUUUAAGCAGAAGUGCACCAUGCACGAAUCGUGGACCGCAGGUAAGGAGGACCUGCUCUCCAAGAAGGACUACGAAUCUGCCAAUCUGAUGGAGAUCCGAGCGCUGAUGAGGAAGCACGAGGCCUUUGAGAGUGACCUCGCCGCUCACCAGGAUCGCGUGGAGCAGAUCGCCGCCAUCGCGCAGGAGCUCAACGAGCUGGACUACCACGACGCCGCCACCGUCAACGCCCGUUGUCAGGCUAUCUGUGACCAGUGGGACAACCUGGGCACUCUGACCCAGAAGAGGCGGGACGCCCUGGAGCGCGUGGAGAAGCUGUGGGAGACCAUCGACCAACUGUACCUGGAGUUCGCCAAGAGGGCGGCGCCCUUCAACAACUGGAUGGAUGGAGCCAUGGAGGAUCUGCAGGACAUGUUCAUCGUCCACAGCAUCGAGGAGAUCCAGAGUCUGAUCACCGCCCACGACCAGUUCAAGGCCACGCUGCCCGAGGCCGACAAGGAGCGCAUGGCCACGCUGGGCAUCCACACGGAGAUCCUGAAGAUCGCUCAGACGUACGGAAUCAAGCUGUCGGGCAUCAACCCGUACACCAACCUGUCACAGCAGGACAUCAGCACCAAGUGGGACACGGUGAAACACCUGGUGCCCCUCAGAGACCAAAUGCUGCAAGAAGAAGUGGCCCGACAGCAGGCCAACGAGCGGCUCAGGCGCCAGUUUGCCGCCCAAGCCAACAUCAUCGGACCUUGGAUACAAACCAAGAUGGAGGAGAUCAGCCACGUGUCCGCGGACAUCACCGGCUCUCUGGAGGAUCAGAUGAACAGUCUCAAGCAGUACGAGCAGAACAUCAUCAACUACAAGUCCAACAUUGACAAGCUGGAAGGCGACCACCAGCUGAGCCAGGAGUCGCUCAUCUUUGACAACAAGCACACCAACUACACUAUGGAGCACAUCCGCGUUGGCUGGGAGCAGCUGCUCACCACCAUCGCCAGAACCAUCAACGAGGUGGAGAACCAGAUCCUGACCCGUGACGCCAAGGGCAUCAGCCAGGAGCAGCUCAACGAGUUCAGAGCCUCCUUCAACCACUUUGACAGGAAGAGAAACGGCAUGAUGGACCCCGACGACUUCCGCGCCUGCCUCAUCUCCAUGGGCUACGACCUGGGAGAGGUCGAGUUUGCCCGCAUCAUGACCCUGGUGGACCCCAACAACACCGGCGUGGUCACCUUCCAGGCUUUCAUCGACUUCAUGACCCGAGAAACGGCCGAAACCGACACCGCCGAGCAGGUCAUGGCCUCCUUCAAGAUUCUGGCUUCAGACAAGAACUACAUCACGGUGGAAGAGCUCCGCCGCGAGCUUCCGCCGGAGCAGGCCGAGUACUGCAUCAGCCGCAUGACGCGCUACGUCAGCUCCGACAGUCCCACCGGCGCGCUGGACUACAUCUCCUUCUCCAGCGCUCUGUACGGCGAGAGUGACCUGUAAGGCCCGCCAGGAGGCUUGGCCACUCCUGCAACUCGUGUUUGUUCUACUUGUGCAGCCGCCUAUUUAUACACACACAUGCAUAGACACACACACACACACACACACACAACUUGAGACACGCACACACAAACACACAGCGCUGCACAGUGGGUCUGGAGGAGGGAACAUAGCAGUGAUGUGAUCAGAAGAAAAGCAUUGUGGGUAGCUACAGGUGUAAAUAAAGCGGCACAGGGAAUGAUGAGAA